GUACAUUUUCUUUCUUUGAGCCAAUCGCUGUGAUUUCCACUUUGUAAAAGUUUUUUCAGCUCAUGACUAAAUCUUCAUUUGAGUGGGAAGACCUCAGUUGUGCAAGAGAGAGGCUGUGCCACAAUGAGAGGACUGGCUGUCUUUAUCCUUCUUGGUGCAUUAUCGAUGCCUUCAAACCUGGAACUUUCUCAACCCGUCUUCUUUUUUGAAACUGAACUUGGUGAUGAUGUGACUCUGAAAUGUUCAGCAACUGGCUUUGAUCAACGGUUGCUUUACUGGUUUAAAUUCCAGUUUGGAUAUAAGAUCCAGUUAAUUUCAAAAACCGCUGGAGGAGAACCAAAACUUGAAAAAGAGUUUGACUUCUCCAGAUUCAUUUCCACUCGAGCUGGUCAAGAACAUGUUCUUAUCAUAAAAAAUGUCAGCAAAGAAGAUCAAGGGACAUACUUUUGUCAGGCUGGAUCCUCAUACAACAUGGAAUUCAUCAAUGGCAGUUUGUUAGUUGUUAAAGAUCCUAAAACUAAGCACAUAUUCAACAACGUGGAAAAAGGUCCGGGUGUGGAGUUGGUCCAGGAGGGAAACACAGUCAAUCUUCAAUGUUCAGUUAUUUCAAAAACCAAAGAGAAUCCAACAGAGUGUGCAAGUGAACACCAAGUGUACUGGUACAAAGCGGCAUCAGCAUCUGGUCCACAAAUCAUUCACACAACCACUUCCAAGUGUGAUGUUCAAGAAAAGAGAAGAUGUGACUACCAUCUGUCAAAAACCAUACACAACUCCUCGGAUUCUGGCCUUUACUCUUGUGCUGUGCUCUCGUGUGGAGAAAUCCUGUUUGGUGAAAGGACUGAAGUACAGAUAAAGGGUGAACUUUGCUGGGAUGUUAUUACACUUGGGAUACUGUUAACCAUCAGUGUUUUUGUGAAUGUCAUUUUAAUUCUUUCCAGAAGAAAGAAGAAGCUUGAAUGUGUGCAACACACAGGAGAAGAUUCUUGUCAGGCUGAACAAGAUCAACCAGCAGAGGGGCAAGGAGUCAGUUUGGACAAUGAAGAAAACGGAGUAAAUUACGUGGCACUGGAGUUCUCUCGCAAAGCAGCAAGGUUGAAGAACAACACAGAGUUACUGAAUGACUGCAUAUAUUCAAAUAUGAAAGGACAGCCAUUCUGAACAUAUAGACUGUAUAACAUUGAACAUUAUUCAUUUAGGGUGUAUUCAGAUUUGACAAUUUGAUAAUCUGGAACAAAUUUUCAGUCUGAAUACACCCAAGUGAACCCUAAUCCAGGACCAGUAACCGCUCUUGAAUCCAUCUUUUGAGAUUGUCUUGAUUCGCUUUCAAUCGGACUGAGCUCUGGUUUGCUCUGAGUUUCCUCGGUCUGAAUAAGCUCUGUGUUCUGUACAGCCACCGUAGCCGGGCAUGACAGGAUGUAAACAGAGUAGGAAGGAAUCAACCAUGAUCAGAGCUAGCAACUCAUUGAAAUGUGGUCAGAUGAAUGCAGGCUCAUCAAAACAACUUUUGCCUCACUAUUUUCCUGACAAUCUAUGUCAAAAACACUGACUGUGUUUUUAAAGACCAUACAAAGAUAGCAGAUAUUUCACAAGUGUUGUUCCUGUAAUGUUUUACUCUGUUUGUGAGCGUCCAGCUGUAGCUCAAAGAAAGUGGUGACCUUUGAUUAUUGACACAUUUAGAUUUAGGUGGACUGUAUGCAUCAAAACUCCCACUGUAGAGCACUUUACACCUGACAUUUAGACCUUUAUAGGAAGGAGAACAGUCAAGCAGCAGACAGGAAACAGGAGGUAUAACAGCCCUAAGCAACAGCAUUGCCCCCAAAAUCAAAGCAACAGCACUGUGAAUACAAGCUGUCAAGGUUCAGAGCCUGUUUUUUUGACAGAGUGGUUUUUUGUUGUUGCUUUCAGCUCUUGCUAAAGAAAGAUGGCUUUCUACAGUCCAAACACAAAAGUUUUAGUGCUUUCUUAGUGGUUUACUCUUACGGUUUUAAGAAGACGACCUAAAACACAUGAGUCUUUUAUUGUGUUUUGGAUAAUAGUAUUCUUGCCGACAUGCUCGUGUUUUGUUAUCGUCAGUCUUGAAAAAUGUAUCUUCCCCUGUUUGGGGUAAUUUUUUCAGCACAACUUCACCUCCGUUACGGUUUUUUUUUUGGGUUGAUCUGCUAUAUUGUAAAUCUAAUCCAGAAGCAAACAAACAGAAAAGCUUAGAGGAUUUUUCAGGGUUUUUACGGUAAAAAUCACAAAUUUCUUUAUUUUAAACUUAAAAUGAAAAUAUAAAACAUAACACAAAGACAGUCACACACUUCAAAAACCAGUUGAAUUGGACAGUCAGUGCAUCUUUGAAUGAUUAUAGACAAGCCUUUUAAAAAUGAUUGUGUGAUUUAGACGUUGUGGAGAGUCUGUCAUCUCCUAAGGAUUAAGAUGUUACCAACUUAGAAAGACACUUUUGAUUCACUUCACCAUGCACAACCAAGUGUGGUAAAUGUAGUUCUUUAUAUUUGACCCAUUGUCUAAGUGUAGUGAACUCAACAGACACCCACAAAGACAAAGGCACUAAAGAGAACUGAUUGUGUGACCGCAGACAUGCCAUCACCUCUACACUUUGUUCUUUCUUCUAUUAUCACAACACAAGAGUCGAUCGUGGCGGCUCAUUUUUAUAUAUUUGUUCCGGCUUCUAAACAUUCAUUAAACUUAUUCUCUUUUUUUUCUCUUGAUUGAUCUUUGUUUUUUCUUUGUAAAAGUUUUGUUUGAGUUUUGUAUUCUCCCACCUUGGUGUUUUACCUCUAUGAAUUUGGAGGUAGGAACACCAAUGAUUACAAAGAACAGAAAAAGCUUUUUUCUCCAGAGCUGCUUCCUUUGCCGCACACUUACCCCCCACAAACCACCACCCCCAUCAAGCUCAGCUAACACACUUGUUUCAAUACGGAAGCAUAGUCUGUAUAACUCUGCAUUUGUAUAGUUUGAGUACAUAUUAUUUAUGCAGCCUUAAUAAUUUAUUACCCCCCCUCCUCUUUUUCUCUGACACCCAUGGAUCAAUAUAUCUUUUUACAUUGUGUUUAUACUGUUGGUAUUAGUGUAUUCUACUUAAUUGUGUUUGGCUUAACUAUUUUUUUACCAUAUUUCAAUCUGUGAGAUGUUUAUAAUACAAACAUUUGAAAUGACAAUGAUCCAUGAAUAUUUGGAUACGUACAUUUUUUCAUACUUACCCACAAACAUAAAGCAUUUUUUUUUGUAUCUGUACAUUUUUACAAGUUCUUAAUAUUCACCAUUACACUCUAGUUUAUCUCAUAUUUUGCCUAAAAUACUGUAAAUUCUGGCUUUUCUGUACUUCUGCUUAGAAAUCAAAGUUUGUCAUUCUCUAGCUGCACCUGUACGUGUAAAAUAACAAUGUUUGUUUUAAUCUUUGUUUUAAUCUCAGGAAUGCAGCUCAACAACAGUGCAGAGUGAUAUUUGACAUGUCCUCCAUAGUGACAAAUGUGUAUCUAUUUAUGUACAAAAAUAAUAAAAACAUUUUGAUUGUUCAGCAUGA